AUGUUGUCAGAGAAGCGUCCCGCCGCUGAGCCGACGGAGGAGCGAGGACCAAAAGCUGCUAGAUUUGAAGAUGAGGUUAAUACUGCAAAGCGGCAGCUGCAUCUCGCGCUGAAGCAGCAGGGGCUCGCUCAAGACCAAUGGAAGAAAGCCGUGGAAGCCGGUGUGCAAGUUGAUGAGUUGGCCGCUGGCUUGGCUGCCGUUUUGGUCAAGGUGCGGGUUAUGGUCCAGCCUCCGACAAGUGAACGAGGCCUGUUGUGCAGCCGUUGUUCACACGGGUUUGCAUUGCAACUUCUUGCUGGUGGAACCUCCGUUGCCACCGUGUGGCGCAGUGCUUUGGUUCAAAUUCUGGAGAGAUUCGCAAUGCCGCCAGAGAAGCGCCCCGCCGCUCCAUCGGCGGAGGACCGCGUCAAAGGGAGUUUCCUGGAGCUUCAGUUGCUGGAAGCCUUGUCUUCUGCAGGAGCCGAGUUUGCCUACGCUGAAAGAUUACGGGAAACCGCUCUGAAGGGGUUGGAAUCCGCUCAGAAGCUGCUUGCGAUGGCCGUGGCUGACUUGGAGACAGCCCGCGAAGAGAAAAAUCAGGAGAAGGUCGAGGCGGCAGAGAAGAAGGUCGAGGCGGCAGAGAAGAAGGUCGAGGCGGCCAAGAAGGAGGUCGCGGCGGGUCCAGCCCAGGAAUUGCCCCGACCGACUCCGGAGAUGGAUUUCGGCGAUUUCGGGCUCCGCGAGCUUGGGGAGUUCAAGCCCGACGAGCUGCUCGACGUCGAGAAGUUCAAGGACUUCGUGGCGCCCAACACGACCGCUGACAGACCGCUCUUCCUGCGAAAGCAUCUCCUCAACGUGCACAACAAGGCAGUGGAGGCUUUGCAGGCGGAGGAGAUUCGCCUGGUGUCGCUGGUCGGCUGCCCCGGCACCGGCAAGACCUGGUGCGGGUGGCUGGUGGCCUACACCCUGCAGCAGAAGGGCAAGAAGACCCUGCACCUCACCAUCAGGAACUCGACCGUGACGACCAUCGCCAACUUCCAGGUGAAGAAGCAGUACGAGGAGGUGAGCUGGAACGGGCACAUGCUAAAGCAGGUCCUGCGGGAGUCGAAGUGCCAGGUCUGCAUCGUGGACGUGAGCAUGAACGAAGCCGUUGAAGCGGGUCGCAUCUUCACCGGCAUCCAGCAGCUGAUCGAGCGAGGGAAGGAUGAGGAGUUCGCUGGCGUGAAGUUCAUGGGGCUGCUGUCCGGCCACGGCCAGGAGAAGAUCACAGGCAAGCAGCUGAGUCUGCAGGUCAUACAAAAGCUUGUGCUUUGGAGCUGGAGCGAAGAGGAGGUCACCGCUCUACGUACAAAGCUGAAAGAUGCAGGUUCGGAGCCUCCAUCUGACGAGGCUUACGCGGUGUGUGGAGGAUCUGUGCGGUAUCUCUUCCGACACGAAGAAGAGGCGAAACGAACUAGAGACGCCGUGAAAGGGCUCUCCCAAGAUGAGAUGAAGAGGUUGCUUGCCCUGGAUAUGCCCUUAGACGACCAGCAGGGGAAGAACCGCAGCAGACUUCUCUCGUUCUUUCCCAGCAGAGGUGCUUCCAAUGCAGUCGAUGAGUACUUCGCGGAGGGCGUCAGCGAGGCACGGCCGAUGCCCCGCUCGGACUUCGUCAUCAAGUGCAUCAAGGAGAACGAGCACGCAGAGUUCGGGGAGGUGGCAAAAAUGUACAGGAGACUCUCGGGCAUUAAUCCUGGUGCCGCCGGCAGCGCCGUUGAGAUCCUGGUCCACCUGUUCUGGCGGGAGGCUGCCGCGAAUAAGCAGAAGGUCGAGCUUUCACUUAAGGGCAAGGAGAUCGCCAACGUGGAAGUGGAUUGCGCAGAGUUCCCGCAAAGGCCUAACAGUAUCGAAGAGUAUGACAAGGAGGCCGUCGCAGUCCGCGACACCCUUGUGGGCUACUUCACGCCUGACAGCCCGCAAUAUCGUGUGCUCGACAGCAUUCUCAGGUACAAGUCUGCCGGCAAGACCGAGGUGCUGGCCAUCCAGAUCAGCCUUGCGAAGCAGCACGGACAUGCCAAGCUUGAUAACAUGCCGAGGUUGCUGCCGCCUCCGCCAACCAAGCCGCAGUUGGCCUUGUGGGACUUUCACAAGGGAGGGAAAUCCUGCCAGUGGAAUCCCAAAGAGUCUGAUGACUGGGAGCUGCUGCAUGUUAGCUGCCAGGCCUUUGACAAGCGGAUGUGGUGCAGUUGA